GUGCUUUGUUUGCGAGGGCAAGCGGGCGUCACUCGCGCGGUGACUCCGCUGCUCGCGUCAAAUAAAAUAAAACUUAAAUCGCCGAGGUUGGCCGAAUAUCCCCCUCGCAAUUAACAUAACAAGUUAUUCUCAACGCUGAUUCAUUUGCCAAAAAACUUCGACUCGAUGCUGUAAUACGCAAAAAAUAAUUCGCGAAUCCUGACUCAAAACCAGACGACAACAAUAAAUCAUUGACAAAACAUUAAUUUCAAAACUUCACCUUGAUAAACUUCAAGUUCAACGGACUUUGUCUAAACUAAAGCAAACAAGAGAUAAAAUAAACAAAACUCUACUUGAUUAGUAUUUUAUGUGUGCAUAUGUAAAUUGGGAGUUGGUGUACGCGUGUCUUAAGCAACGGUCGGUUUAAAUUACCAAAAUGGAUUGGCGGGAAAAACUUUUUGGUAAAGUGCUUGUGAAAUGUGACUCUCCUGGGACGCAAAAUGGGCAGUUUGAAAAUGUGCCUACGAUGCAAGCCUUGGCUGAUUGUGUUGAAGAAGGGGAAGGACCUGUAUGUGGGAUUUACUUCUCUUUUGCGAAUAUAAGUGAUGCUAGUGAUGAUUUUGGAGUGCGUUUGGAGGAGGUGUAUAAGAAAGUGCAGCCUCGUUUGAAGGUGGUGCAAGUUGUGCUGUGGGCUCAUGUGGGGACUCCUGAAGGGCCAGUGGAGAGAGAAGCUGGAUUCAGACGGAGCCUCACGGGGAAACCGUGGUUCGCUGUACCAUUCCACGAUGUCGAUACUAAGCGCCGCCUCACCCAGAAGUACAGCAUAGCAGUGGGGGUCCCGACGCUAGUAAUCCGCGGUCGCGCGGUCAGGGACGCACUACUCGCGGACCCCCUUGGGGACCGGUUCCCGUGGCCCGCGCCGCCCCUCCACGAGGUCCUCAGAGGGGUCCAACUGCAGGGACCAGGGGGCAAUAAGCUGUACGAAGAUCUGCCGGUAGAUGCUGUCCGGGUGUUCUACUUUGCUGCUCAUUGGUGUCCCCCGUGCCGGUCUUUCGCGCCCAGCCUGUGUGCGGCCCUGGCGGCUGUCAGGAAGCGCCGCGCCAGAUAUGCCAACACGCAGCUCAUACUCGUAUCUAGCGACAGAAGCGAGCAAUCUUACAACCGCACAGUGCAGUCAGUAUCUUCAGUGGGCGCGCUAGCCGUGCCGUGGUCGGGAUCAGAGCCCCGGCAGUCGCUGCCAGUAGCACUGGGCGUCGGCGGCAUCCCAGCGCUGGUCAUCACCGAUGGGAGUGGGAAGGUGCUCACUGCUAAUGGACGACAGCACUUGGCUGGAGAUCCACUUGGAUUGAAUUUCCCGUGGGCCCAGCGUCCGGUGGCGGUUCUGACUGAACAAGCACUCUUGAAAAUGGCCAGGCAUCCUGCUGUCGUGCUUUUUGUUGAUGACGAAGACUCGGAAAUAGAAUUCGCAGAGUCAGUUCUGGCACCAUCAGCAGAGUCCUACUACGAGGAGUGCAGCAUCCAGUACCCAGGCUUCUGUCCGUACCAGAACUCUUCAGACGAUGAGACUAUGGACUUUGACUACCCUACCUCACGCCACUCCAGGAUGAAGAAGAAAUCCUUCAAGCACGUUAUGUUUUACAUUGGGAUCGAUAGCACCGACAGCGCCGAUAUGCUCAGAGAGCACAUAGGUCUAGACGAUGCCGUACCACUUCUAACUGCCAUAGACUUCCCCAAACAGAAGUUAGUGACAAUGAAGUAUGGUGACGAAAUAACCACAGAUUCUGUGCAGAACUUUGUUGAUGCAUACCUCAGUGGCAAUGCUGACUUUAAGCCGCUCAAACCGUAUAGCGAGAAAUGUUAAUUAUGGUAGAAGUAGAACUUAAGAAACCAUAAUAAAUACCUCAGUGCGGUCUCUUAUGCAUAAUCAUAAAACGGCACUUUUAAGCCGUUUAAACUUCACACUUCCAUCUAAUUAGGCCUCCUUACACUUAAACCAUAUAUACUGUUUUUUUGCAACUUUGUUUUUUUAUAUAUUAAGAAAUAAGUCACUAAGUAACUCGCGCAAUAUUAUUUUGCACAAAUGUCUUAAAUUCUUAAUUACUUGUGCAAAUUAAUAUUUUGUGUAAUUAACAACGCGCAUGUAUCUGGACCUUUAUUUCUGCGACCAUCGGACUGGUGGUGGUAGGACACAUCAGCAAAAUGUUCAAACAAUAAAAAUAAAUGCACGUAGGUAAUUAUGUUGUUUGUUACCUUAAUACCUCGUUGAUUUGUUCAAUAAACUUAUGGAAUGACUUAAAAACCUUUAGAAUAUAGGUAGUUUAUAGAUAUCAAAAAGGAAUAUUUUUCCAAGAUUAUGAAUUCGUAUUAAUUGUUCUCUAUAAGUCUUGAUUAGAGUUUGUAGAAGCUAGAGUAGUAUUGCCUUAGAAAAUUGUGUCAGUAUUUAGGUAUUUAAAGUUUUUAAUAACAGUAGGCAAUUAAAUAUUAGGUAGUAAUUAAGAGAUUUUUCAUGAUCCAACAAUUCAAAGGUCAAAAAAUGAAAUUAAUGUAUCUACUUAGGUACCUACCAACUUAGUUCUACGAAAAUUUUCACAAUUUGUCAAAAUUCCUCAUAAAAAGAGUUCACUGUCAUUACUUAUUUCUUCAAUAAAAAAUAUUAUUUCAACUUUUUUUACUUGUAAUGUGC